CAGAGCUGCACAGCAGCUCCUCACUCUAACAAUAUCAUGAAGCUGUCCUCUUCUUUGCUGCUCUUUUUUGCUCAGUUUUGUGUUUUCCUGCGCGAUGCCUGCGCGCAGGAAGCAGCUGAGGACGCGCUCCGGCGUGGGUUGACAUGGCAACACAACGGGCAGGUCUUCAGCAUCCUGAGCCGCGGCUCCCGGUACCGUCCGGCUUCGAGGAGGCAGACAGAGCCCCCCAGCAGCGACGACGCCGUUGUCGUGGUCCGCAACAACAACGAUACCGCUGCGUCCCGGGGAUCUCCGCGCGUCCCCGCCUCCAGCAGCUCCGCGCAAUUACGCGUGCUGGCGCGGCAGCAGGCGCCUCAGGCUGCCGCUGGCGGCGACGCUCCCGCGGUGAACCGAGAGGACAUGAUGGUGGGAGAUGAUCCGUACAACCCGUACAAGCAGCAAGGCUACAACAACCCUUACUACAACUACUACGACUCCUACUACAGACCGCGAAUGCGGAGCCCGCAGCGCCACGGAUACGGGACCAGAUACCACCAGAACGGGUUGCCGGACUUGGUUCCUGAUCCGACCUACAUCCAGAUCGCCACCUACAUCCAGAGGGCGCCAAUGUACAACCUGCGCUGCGCGGCAGAGGAAAACUGCCUCUCUUCCUCGGCUCGUUAUGCGAGGGACUACGACACCAGGGUUCUGCUGAGGUUCCCCCAGAGGGUGAAGAACCAGGGAACGGCAGACUUCCUGCCCAGCAAACCUCGAUAUGCCUGGGAGUGGCACAGCUGCCAUAAUCACUACCACAGCAUGGACGAGUUCAGCCUCUACGAGCUGCUGGACUCGCGCACCCAACAGCAGGUGGCCGAGGGCCACAAGGCCAGCUUCUGCCUGGAGGACACUUCCUGUGACCCCGGAUACUACCGCCGCUUUGCCUGCACCUCCCACAGCCAGGGUUUGAGUCCAGGAUGUUACGACACGUACAACUCCGACAUUGACUGUCAGUGGAUCGACAUCACCGACGUGGCGCCUGGAAGAUACAUCCUCAAGGUGACCGUAAACCCAAGGCAGCAGGUUCCAGAAUCCAACUUUAACAACAACGUGGCUCAAUGUGACGUGCAGUACACGGGCACGGCGGCGCACGUGUCCGGGUGCACCAUGACAGGUUACUGAGGUGCAGGUGUCAGCAGAGCCUGAAGGUGGUGCAGAGGCGGAGCUUCAGGACUCGAAAGGCUGGUCUGGAUAGCAUCAUGAACCUCAGGAGUGCGAGCUCCGUCCGUCACGGUGUGUCUGAACACCCUGGAUCCUGAUCCGGUUCUUCAGGACUGUGUUCCUCUGAUCAGAGACUUUUCAGUACGACAGCUACCGUUCUGCUAUUUCACUUUCUGCUUUUGACGCGUUUGAAACUAAAUUAAAUGAAAGUCUACCAUAAAAAUGAGUCUUAUAGAAGACAGACUUGGAUUCAGUUCUACUGUUGCUAUGGAUACAUUUGGGGUCUGACACAUUAAUGAACUGCCCCUACUAGUAUUUGUUCAUCCUGAAACAUGUUUGCUUAUAAUUAUAUUUAUGUAAUAAGUGAGAUGAUGUUUGAUCUAUUACUUUCACUGAAUAUCUUCUCUCUCUGCAUGUUCUCUCUCUGCCUUACGACCUCCUAAAAAAUGUUCAUUUUCUAUUUUUCUUUGAAAACAGUAAACAUUUCUGCACAUUUUU